AUGACAGUGUUGUGCGUGCUGUGGGCAACCUUGUCCACUGUGGCGUCGAUUCUCGCAUGUUCCGGAUUUUAUCUGCCUUACUGGAUCCAGGGACGACUGUUGGGAAAAGCGGACGCGUACUUUAGUUCCUUUCGGCGCUGCAACUAUCCACGAAUAAGGGCGCCAAAUACAGCUCCCGAAAUAGUUUACGAAUGCGCCAGGUAUUCCAGUUUUUGGGAUAUACCGAGCGUUUGGUGGCAGGCGAGCACCGUCACGAUGGGAGUCGGCGUCGCGAUUGCGGUGAUCGGCGCGCUCACGUUGCUGGCCGCUGCCUCCAGUUUUCUGCCGCACAUACUCAGAACGCCGAAGCACACCAGAAUGUUGGGCAGCUUGCAGUUGUUGGCUGCAGUGAUGAUAUGCGGUGGCCUGGUGAUGUAUCCCAUAGGAUGGGACAACAGAGAGGUACGGGAAUCUUGCGGGAAGGGCGCUAACGUGUACAAUCUCGGAAAGUGUUCGGUGUCCUGGUCGAGCCACCUGCUGGUGGGCUCCGUGGCGUUGCUGAUGCUGUGCUUCGGGCUGAGUUUCUGUGCCGCGCGACACAAACCAUCCAACCCGCACACCGACCCUCUGCGCAUUUGA